AAGAGAUGGGAGUCAGGGAAAAGGCACGUGGAGUGUGCAGGUUUGAUCAAGUGAUCUAUUGAGGCAUCAUCUGUAGUUUGAUUUUACCAAUUUUUUGUCAAUUUGUAGAAGACAUUUGGUUCUUCUUUUUGAAUGAUUAGAUUAAUGUUUUGAGAUUUGUAGUUCCGAUUAUUGGUCUCCAAACAAAGGGUUUGUUGUUUAGAAUUUUCUGGGUUGAAGAGUAGUGAAUAAUUUUUUAUCAUUUGCAGAUUAGAGGGUUAUCCGCGGUUUGAUUGGGCUGAUUUUUGGUCAACAAAUAAAAGAAAUCUAGAACUUCAAUCUGGACGUUUGGAUCAUUUAUUUGAGCUCCAUAACUCCAGUUUUGUAUUCUAUAACAACAACCUAAUUUCGGUGAUAUUUUUCUAGUCUCUCUUUUAGUGUUAUGAUUUGAAGCUGUUCAUGUUAUCUAACUGAUUUGAGGUUGUGUAUCUGUUGUUACUGUUGAACAAUCACUUGUAGAAGCUUGUUAUUCAUAGUGGAGUUUUUUGUAGUGGACCAUUGGAUCCCGUGAUUUUUAUCCUUUCAUAUUGGAAGAGGUUUUCCAAAUUAAAAAUUACUUGUCUCACGCGUUGAAGUUUUAUUCUUACUUAACUUAUUUUUGUACUCCAUAUAUUGUGGUGUUUGUUGUGCUGUUUUGUUCACUUCUGGCAGGGUCAAUCAAAUAGAGAGAGUAGGUGAAUCUUUGUUUACUCUCUGUCUCCCAUCACAUUUGUAUGAAAGCCUAACAACAAUUUUAAGCUUGCUAAGACAUAUUUUCUUUGGGAUCAAGCAUUUAAUAAUUGACAUUUGGAUGAGAAGCAGCAAUUAAUAUGGUUUUCAUGCAAUGAAGUGUAGAUUGAAGCAUGCAAAUUGCGCCUUCUUCUUCUUCUAAAGUAAAUUAUAUAAAAAAAGAAAAAAAAAAACAAAUGAAUAGAUGGUUGCAACUCAGGAUGGAUGGAAUGAAUGAUUGUAACUGUCCACAUUUUACUCCUCCUUUAAUGCUUACAGAGGGCCUCAUUCACAAUCUUUCUCGAUGUUAACACUAAUGUUAAGUAGACUGUGUGAGGGGGAAUAUAAAAUAUGUAAACCAGGUUAAAAAUAAGAAAACAUAUUAGCAUGAUCUAUUAUUUUCUUCUUAGUAAUAUACUGUUAAAAUUUUAUUUAGAUACAAUGAAAUAUCCAUCGUCUCUCAACUCAUAGAGCCACAGCCAUGGCGAAGCCUUCAACUUUAAGCUUCCCAGCUGCCAUUCUCGUCAUCUUCUUCUUCAUCAUUCUCUCCCACUUCUCAUCGCUUGCCUCGGCCCACCCACUGGACCCGCUUUCUCCGUCGGAGCUCCAGCGAGUCCGAACCAUAGUAAAAGAGUCCAGUCGCCACAGCCAUGGCCAGAACCCAAUCUUCCAUUACGUGGGCCUGCAAGAACCAGACAAAACAGCCGUGCUCUCAUGGCUCUCCGGCCACACGACCCAAACCCCACCGCGUCAAGCCUUUGUCAUAGCCCGUUUGAAUCAAGAAACCCACGAAAUCACCGUUGACUUGUCGACAAAUUCGAUUGUUUCCGACCAAAUCUACCAUGGAUAUGGCUACCCUCUGCUCACCUCCGAUGAAGAAGCAGCUGCAACCAACCUGCCGCUGAGUUAUCCUCCAUUUCUGGACUCCAUUAGCAAGAGGGGACUUAAAGUUGAAGAAGUUGUAUGCGGGGCUCUUACUGUUGGCUGGUACGGGGAGAAGAAGAGUAAAAGGGUGGUGAGAGUGAUGUCUUACUACUUGGAUGGAACUGUGAAUCUGUUCAUGAGGCCAAUAGAGGGAAUUACAGUCACGGUUGAUCUUGAUUCCAUGGAGAUCAUCAGUUACCGUGACAGGUUGAAGAUUCCAGUUCCAGAAGCAGAGGCGACGGAGUACAGAGCAACGGAGCAGAAGCCGCCGUUCGGUCCGAUUUUGAGAAAUAUCAGAGUGCUGCAACCAGAUUGUCCCAGUUUCUCCUGGGAUGGAAAUAAAAUCAGGUGGGCAAACUGGGAGUUCCACCUGGGAUUCGACGUGAGAGCAGGUCCUAUAAUAUCCUUAGCAUCAAUCUACGAUGCCGACAAAGAUGAAUACCGGCGAGUGCUGUACAGAGGCUAUGUUUCAGAGCUGUUUGUUCCGUACAUGGAUAUCACCGAAGAAUGGUACUUCAGAACCUUCUUCGACGCCGGAGAGAACGGAUUUGGGCUGUCCGCCGUGCCCCUUGAACGGUCGAAGGAUUGCCCGGAGAACGCAGUGUUCAUGGAUGGCUACUUCGCUGCACCUGACGGAGAACCCCGGAAGAUUCCGAAUGUUUUCUGUAUUUUUGAACGAAGUGCCGGAGAUAUCCUCUGGCGCCACACAGAGCGCUUUCUUCCCGGUCAAAUACGAGAGGUGAGAACCGAAGUGAGCUUAGUGGUGAGGAUGGUUUCAACCCUUGCCAAUUAUGACUACAUUGUCGAUUGGGAACUCAAGCAGAGUGGCACCAUUAAAGCCACGGUUGGUUUAACUGGAUUGGUCCAAGUUAAGGGAUCGACCUACACCCACACUGACCAAAUCCAAGAGGAAGCCUACGGUACGUUGCUGGCGCCGAAUACAAUUGCUCCAUACCACGAUCACUUCCUCAUCUACCACCUUGAUCUCGACGUGGACGGCGGUGCCAACUCCUUCAUCAAGUCCACCUUGCAGACCAUGAGACUGCGCGGCACCAGAUCACCCAGGAAGAGUUAUUGGACGCUCCAGAGUGAGACGGCCGAGACCGAGUCCGAUGCAAAGAUUCGGCUCGGCUCGACGCCGGCGGAGCUGGUGGUGGUCAACCCCAACAAGAAGACCAAGAUGGGCAACCCCGUUGGCUACCGUCUGAUCCCGGGAUCAUCGGCGACGUCCAUUUUGUCCGACGAUGAUUACGCUCAGAUUCGCGGAGCCUUCAGUAAGUACCAUGUAUGGGUCACGCCGUGGAACAAGUCCGAGAAAUGGGCUGGUGGCUUGUACGCUGAUCAGAGCCGGGGGGUCGACAACUUGGCGGCUUGGACUCUCAGGAAUAGGGGAAUAAAAAACGAGGACAUCGUGGUAUGGUACACCAUGGGAUUUCAUCAUGUGCCAUAUCAGGAAGAUUUUCCGAUUAUGCCAACCAUCACCGGCAGUUUUGAGCUUCGGCCGGCCAAUUUCUUCGACCGAAAUCCUGUGCUCAAGGCCAUAUCUCUUGAUGAUGCUAGUUGUUAGUCGCCCCAAUUGUACUUCCUUUUGUUGCUGGUUCGAAGUUGUUAAUUUGCCACGUCCGGAAUAACGAAUACCAAUUGAUUAAAGCACAAAAAUGCCCCCAACCGUCUCAUUACUAAUGAGUCAUUAAAUGUAACUUAAUUGCAAUUUUGAAGGUUUUCAUUAAGCACUGUUAUUUUGGUGAGAACCAAUAAUUAAUUUUAUAUGAUGAACACACAAA